UUAAGUGCAACAAAUUCCAACAGCUCACGACAAGCCAUUAACUCCCAACUAAAGACGUCUGUCGGUGACAGCCACCCAGGUAACUUGGACGUGUGCUUUCCACUCAGAUAAAGACAGGUAUGUAAACACAGCAGGUAAGUACAGGUAUGUCGACUCGCCGUCAAGUAUGUUCCACGGCAGCCGUUUUCGCUGUACACACAAUAGCCCAUAUAUACGUAUGUACAGUGAAUGCAUGGAUCACUUCGCAUGUAGGACAAAAGUUGCCCAUGGGAAGGCUUGUCAAAACGUAGGCCUGCUGAUCCGCCCAACUACAGGACCGAGUUGUAAGGAAGACCGUGAUGGGCAGGUUAUGUUGAUGUGGAGUUGAACAGGUGACCCAGUGGUAUACACUGCCAGCAUGGUUCGAGACGUUGUACGAUGGACAGCGAUUCGGCGAGUGCAGACUACAAGCUGAAGAGGCCCGCAGUCCUGUGGAUAAACUACGACACCUUGUGGUUUUCAUCAACACUGCCCGACGAGACCAUGAUAGACGCACCAGCCAACAACCCCGACAACCAGCAAAGGCGAGGUGCACGACAAACACACCAUAGCAACCCGACGAUCAUUACAGCAACUAAAACAAAAUGGCUACCUAGAGACAGCCAAACCGGCGAAAAGCGAAGAUGGAUUCCGCCAAAAGAUACAAGACAAAAAACGUCUAAGAGAAAUAUUUGGAGUCCUGAUAUUUCGUGUGAUCCAAGAAUCCAUUCUAUCUCGUGGUAUUCUGGUAGACACACAGAUGGAUACCAUAGCACACUCGUAAUUCCAAAUUAUGUAACAGAUCAUCAAAACACGGCGUUUGAUCAUGCUAACAAACACAGACUUGACAGCAGAGUACACAAACAAUCCAAGAGCAAGCCUUCUUCACAUCAUGAGGAAAGGAGAACACAAGAUGCGGUUAACGUGCAGGAUGGAUUGGCGAAUGCCAAUAAUAGAAAUACUCCACACAUGCAAUUACACAGUUCAUCCCGAUAUACUGACCCAGAAUACUUUGAACGGAUGAAAGGACAAUCUUCUCCAGAAUUCAUUGACAGACGAAGAAAUAGAACUAGUGGUGAAGUGAACAUAUCUGUUAAGAAUUACGAAGAUUAUGUAGUAGUUCCUGCCAGUGGAUACAAAUAUUAUAAACGCAAUUCUAGAGGGGAACUCGACACAGAUCAUUUAUCCUCGACUGCCAGGCUCGAAACAGAGUUACGUGCGGAGAGAAGCAGACAUAGUGAUAUGCAAGCGGAUUUUAUGGGGAGACACGCCAUGAACAGGCAGGCAAAUUUAGAACGUGCAAUGUGGAAGGCAGAAGAACCCCGUGGUCAGUUUGUUUAUCAAACGUCAGGAGAUGCACACAUACUUGGUGAUACAUCGGUAUCUAAGCAACCAAACCACGCUCGUAAAGCUGACUCAGGCUCAUCUAAACAUAUGCACAGUGAACGCAAUUUAUCAGUUGGCUCAAACAGUGUAAGUAUCGAAAAUACCAGGGACGUGCAGGUACCUACAAGUCCGUUGUGGGUUUUAGACACAUCCCCAGUGUCUGAUGCGUCAAGUACGCUCAUUAAUAUGCCUCAAAACAUGAUAAGUCAACAGUCUUCAAAAGUAAAUCAGACUAGAAGUAGUUAUCAGGAUGCCGAGGACCAACAUAUUCGCUCAAGGCCAUUUAAAUAUCUCCCACAAAAUCCUCCAGAUUGUGAUACAAGAGAAUCAACUCACAUUCAAGUAUCUACUGACUUGAAUAGAAACAAAACCAAUGUUACAACGCCACCAGUUAAGACGCAAAAACCGUUUGACCAAAUACACAAAGAGCUAGAAACACCCACAAAGUUGACUGGAAGAAGGAAACAACAGCUGGAUGGAGAUUUUACAGAUCCGUCUACAUUCUGUGGUCAGUUGGAUUUUCCUUCUGAUACUGAUUUUAAACUGGGACAUCAACACAAAUGUAUUUCUUCUUAUUCAGGGAAUCACCCAAGAGAUAAUGUUGUGAGAAACACCGACACAGAGUGUGAGGACGAUUGUUCUCUUAAAGACAGCAGAUUGACGGCAAUACCCGAGUCCGCCGACUCUCUUCCUACACAUCAGUCAGAUGAACAUGCAAAACCAGUUCCAGAAACAGCGUCUUCCAUAAUAAAACAUUUUAAUCGUUUAAGUAGCAUCAAUCGAGAGCAGGACCUAAAAACUCUUCGAGGCACUAAAUCAGACCCUCAUUCUGAUGUCUUGAGUUGCGUGGUUCUGACCGAUGUUCAUGUUUGUGUAAGCCCAACUACAGACACGAUCAGUGCCGAUUCUAUACAGAAACCGAACAUUCACGCAGACCAACGUGAACACCGUCAGUGUUCUGAACAGGGCUGUGAUGAUGAUAAUAUUGACCUUGUUCGUGACGAUGAAAAUGAUUUGUGUAACACAGAUCAUAUUCCACAAAACUCGUGUAAUGUGGACCAUAUGCAAUAUCGGAGUGACCAUAAGCCGUGUAGUACAGACCACAUUUCACAGAAUACUGAUAUACCACAAGAGAAUAGUGCAAGCUCUUUAAAUCAGGAGGAUAGACGCGCUGAAUGUGGUCUAAAUAGCACGGAAAACGAUGCCGAGAUAGCUAGAUGUCUUCACGAAUCACUGUCUGUGCAACAGGAAGAGGCUGAGGUUAACAACACAGAUGCCAGUCCAGAUGUCCAGCUAGAGGCCGUAUUCGAUUUGGAUCCUCCGCGUCCCUGCGCCAUUAGGGGGUUGACGGAAAUGGAACUCUCGGUGCUUACAUCUUCCAAACUGCAGAAGAUUCCGAUCACUAUCAAGUGUGAGAUCUGUUGGGACCCGUACAGAGUCGGCGAUAGCAUUCGCCAUCUCAUCUGUGCACAUUACUUCCACGUCAAGUGCAUCGACAUCUGGCUUAAAAGAACCGCCACUUGUCCAGUGUGUCGAACCGUCCUUGUUGACCUGUUCUUACCAGACAGAAUGUCAUCGCGAAGAAAUCGGAGACGGCGACUUUGUGUUAUAUUAUGAAAUAUUUUAAAUGAUAAUAAUAAUUCAUAUGACUCGAUGGUUUUAUCACAGAUCGUACACACAUGUUGACUUGUGUGUAGAACGCUUAACAGAUUUACUUGAGGCUAUUUACAACAGACGUUCUAUUUAGAUAUAUGGUUUAUGCGAACCUGUCAAUAUCUUGACAUGUAUGGUAAGUCAACCAUGAUUUCCACAAAAAAGGGAUUUUUUGUUUUCAAUACACCACCAGUAAAAUACUAUUCGAACAGUGCUUUUUGCUGUAAUAACUAUUUUAGUGUGAUAUAUUCUGCAUUCUCAAAAGGUCAAUAAAAUACAUAACACUUUCAGCGUGGUAUAUUUUGAAAUCUGUACACACUUAGCUCAAGUUUUAAGAUGCUCUAUUAAGUCAGAUAUUUGGCAAGAUACUUGUAUUAGGAUAUGUACGACGAAGGAAAGUAAAUGAUUUUUGUUUAAUUCAAAGAAAACAUUCCAGCAUGGCCCGUCUGGAGUAAGAUAUCAAUGAUAUCACACCUUACCAAAUCCUAAGAUGCAAAACACUUGGUAAAGACUGUCCCAGAAUUGGCUGAUCACAUAGGGGUAGAUAUGCACCGUAACAUACCUAACAUAAAAUAUUACCACAUUAUGCACUGAUAUUUAAAAAAAAAAAAAUGGAAGUGUCUUCAAAAGAUCACAUGCUAAGGGGAGCAAAGGACUCUACUUGAACUAGACUCUUGGAAGUGGUGAGGUGCGAGGGCGAUAGCUCCCAUUAAAUGGCGAGGUUUGUCGUAAAUAUUAUUUUUGUCUGGUGUGUUUGCCGCAUUAUUGCCUUAUACGUACAAGGGUACAAGGCUUAAAUACAUUUUUAUUUUAUGGGUGGCAUGGAUACAUUUUACACACACACACACACACACACACACACACACACACACACAGAGAGAGAGAGAGAGAGAGAGAGAGAGAAAGAGAGAGGCACUCGCACACACACACACACACACACACACACACACACACACACUAAUGUGAUCAAUUCUGGAACAAUGUUAAGUAAAUAUACUUGUACUGUUACAUUAUUGUUGAUGUUUUUGUUAUUUGGUGAGAUUAUCUAGUUGGGGUGAAUUCUGUGAUGUGACUGCAAGGUGAUAAAUAUUGUAUUAUUAUGAACUUGAACAGUUUUGUGUUAAUACUGUGCAAUAAAGGCGGUUAUUUAGA